AAGGUCAUCUCACAUGGAUAGAUGGAUCAGCUUUUGGCCUUAAGACAAAUGAAAUCUUUUCUUUUCCACUGCUUCCCAAGAAUGAAACAGAUUGCUACAUUUUACAGCAAAAUGCAACUGGAUCAAACUAUUUCUUUACAAGAUUUUUCUGUUAUGUUCCAUUGCCAUAUAUUUGUGAAUAUGAAUCACCUUCUCUGCAGGAAGACUUUUUGUUCUAUAUAAAGGAUGUUGGAACAACUGAAGUUGUAUUUAGUUGGAAUAAUUUGAAUGGUUGGGAUAUUUUGAAUAAGUGGCUGAAACUGGGGUAUAAAAUUAUCAUCAAAUAUUAUUUAGAUCAUACAGAAGAAGAACAUUUUGAAAGCAUGCCCCCAAAUACAACAGAAAAAACAAUUACCCAGUUGUCUCCUGGCCACGUUUACAGAUUUUUACUCUCUGCAAUAAAUGAAUGGCAGGCAAAAACUAUUUUAAGUCCAAUAUUCAUUGUUGAAACACGCCCAUUGUCAGCCCAAAAUUUCACAGUUACUCACGUGACCCCAACAGAAAUAUUUUUAUGCUGGGACCCUCCAGAUCCUGUGUCUUUUCACCAUUAUCUUGUGACUAUUUUGGAUGUUGAAAACAAUAAAUCAGAAGAGGUGUUUGUGGAAAAACUCAACACAUCAACAGCGAUUGGAGAUCUCAGAUCUUUCCAUCAUUAUCUGAUAUAUCUAUUCAGUGUAGCAGAAAGAGGAACUUUAAGCAGCUCUGAGAAACCUAUUUCAGCCAUUACAGGUAUUAAUCCACCUCAGAAAGUUCAUGCUAAACCUGAAGAUGUGGGAGAGGACAGUAUAAUUCUUCAGUGGGAACCCCCACAAGAUGGCCAUGAGGUCUACAUUCAAAUCAAAUCCAUAUCAGAUACAAGAGAAGUCAUGAAGCUUUUUGUAAAGGAUGCUAAUAGAUUCAAGAUCGAUAAUUUAAUUCCUGGAAUGACAUAUGACAUUGGAAUGGCAACAGUGAUGAGUGGGAACUUGAGUGAGCUGGUAACUAUUCAACAAACUCUAAAGCCCAAACCAGUCCAAAUUGUUAUCCCUUAUGAAAGUCAUAGUACCUCUGUAAUCUUAUUUGUUCAAAUACCUGAUAUUGGAGUGUUUGAUGGCAUACAUAUUGUAAUUGAAGGAGGGCCAAAUGUAACCUUGCCUUUACAACAUGACAAUAAAAUAACUGUUGACAAUUUAACUCCAGGCACAGAAUAUAACUUCUUUGUUUCCAUCAUCAGUGGGACUAAAUUAAGUAAUAUGUAUUACGUGCCUGCAGUAAAAACAUGUCUGGAAGCACCAUCAAAUAUCCAUGAGGGCAAAGUUACAGACUCUUCCAUAGAAAUUCUCUGGAAUCGAGCUGAUGGGAAUUUUCAGCAUUAUGAAGUCACAUGCGUAAACUGUGCUGCUGCUUUCAUGGUCCAGAAGGUAGUUCAAGAAGCAGCAACAUUCUCUAACCUGGAUCCUGCCACAGUGUACACCUUUUCAAUUCGCACUGAAAAAGAAGGUUUUAAAGACAGUACUCCUAACGUAAAAGAAAUACAGACAGCCCCAAGUGCAGUUGAAUUUAUGAACUGUAGUAGAAACUCAAAUGCAGUAACUGUUAGCUGGCCUUCGGCUAGAAGUCUUCUGGAUGGAUACAUUAUUUCAAUAUCCAGUGAAAGCUUAAUGAAGGAAGAGAUCCUGCCUUCCACAAAAAGGUAUGAAAAUGUUGAAAAGAAAUUAUGUUGUUGCAUGGAACACAAGAUUAACAGUUUAUAUAUAUUUAUAGAAAGGUAUGUUCAUAGUUUAAUCUAAAUAGAAAUUAGAAAACUUUGUGAGACAACUUUUUGGACUACA